AUGACCUGUUACCCAGCAGAAGAAGUAUGCGAGCCACCAGUGCUGCCUCCCUACCUCAAGGCUAUAUGUGAUCUACAGCCUAUUGUGGGUGUUCCGAGCGACGAGGAAAUCAUUGGAGUUCAUGCUGUUGUUCGGGUGGCAAAUCAAGUAGUUAACGUACCAGACAUAUGCGAUUCAAUGCUCCUUGCUGGACUAUCAGAGCAUUUAUUCGAUGUUCAGAUGGCCAAAUACCGAAGCAAGCAUUCAAAGAAGCUCUCCCUGGCGGGUACCAUAUACAUACCUCCACAACUUCCACCUCAUCUACCGCGUCAACUUGAAAUUAAGUAUACCGAAGUUCCGUCAAUGUUUGAUCCGCAAUUAGAUGCUGAGUUGAGCCAGCACCUAUUUGAUUUGCAGAUGGCCAAGUACAUGGAGCGCCGUGUUUCAGGCCAGAUUAAUCACGCGCAUCCCGGAACCAGUACUUCCCAGUUCAUCGUUUCUGCUCCGGCAUUUCAGGAAUCAAACAGCAAGGGGCCAACCUUAAACGACCACAACAGGACGGGGAAUGAUUUUGCUCAAGAGUAUCGACAAACUCAAGCAACACUUGAGACUCAAAUCUGUCACGCUAUGCAACAAUCGAACCGACUUGCCAAACAAGCCAACCAACUUACGGAACGAUCUAACUGGCUGGCAGAGCAAUCCAAUAGACUGGUGGAGCAAUCUAACAGGCCAGUGGAAAAGUUGGGAGAUGCUCUAGAAAAAAUUAACAAGGUAUUGGUUGGGAUCCAGCAUGCCAUAGUUCGGAGCCAUAAGGGAAACACAAUCAGCGCUCUUGAUUGCUUAGUCAAUGAGAUCGGAGAGACGCCAGGGAUUAGUCGUGUGGUAGACGAGCAAGACGAGUAUCAGUUGGUUGUCGGCAUGCCAAAGCGGAGAGCCUGA